UACCCACCGAUCCUCAGACUGUACUAUAUACACACAGAUCUUGGGCUCGACCUCGCUCAAGACGAUCUGUUCCUGAAAACUCACGCUCAAAACGUGCCUUGCCCAUUACUUGUCUUAUCGUGCUGCGCUUCGGAUCCGAUGAUCUCCGCUGCUACGGAGAGACUCAAAGAGACAUGGUCAAAACACGGUGGGACGAUUGAAGAUUCCUCCGCAGCUGUGCGCAGCAACACGCUCUAAUAGGCCUCUUUCAUUCAUCGAGUCGGGUUCUAGAUAAGUACAACACCCAUGCAGGUUCUGCGAUCCACAGUGCCCCCGUCUCCUCCCAGCCAUGCACUUGGCGAUUGCCCUUAGCUUCCGUUUCCUUGCCCUUGGUGCAGUUCUCGGGGCAUACGUUCCUGAUCAGCUACCUCUGAUCACGGAAUUCCGGACUGGGAAUAUUCAGUCACUGCCCUGGAAUGUGCGGUUGAGCGAAGAUGCCACCGGGAAUCUUGUAUUCCAAUCUCUGGCUUCUCUGAUGCAGAUGCGACCCAAUGCCAGAUACCCUUACGGCCACUCCAUCGUCCGCGCACACAUUCCACCGGGCACAGUUCUGUACCAUGGCCGUGGAAGCGACGCUUUCCCGGAAGCAGACUGGAUCGCGUUUGACCCUGAGCACUCCCAAGUCUUCGCGCGCGGAGACAAUGGCACGCUCUUUACCUUCGCCACCACCCGCGAUUUGAAGCUCGUCUACUUCGACGGAUGCAGCGCGGACAAGGCCGCGGGUGUCGACGAUACCCAAGACGUGCUCAUCUGGGGACACCUCGGGGACCACUCUACGAAGGGGCCUGGCCGCGGUGAACACCAACGCCUGAUAGACGCCUGCGAUUGGGCUAAGGAAUAUGAUGUUGACGGAUUUGUGAGGAUGGAAAUGGACUUCGAGAUCAUGUACUGCGACUUCACGCAGGGCCUCGAGCUUGUCUCCGCACUGAACAUCAUAAACCCCGGAAGAGGAGGACCUGGACCUGGACGGAGGCCUGGCGGAGAACAACCAUACGGCGGGCAUGGCGGACCUAUGCAUGGCCUGCUAGGUGGACCCGACGGGCCGAUGCAUGGCCCACAAGAUGGACCCAACGGACCCGGUCGUGGCAGUCCCAGCACCGUUCCCAACGGUUGGAAAGGUGGUUUUCCCGUAGUCCACUCUGCAGUAGCGCACGCAGGCAGCUGGCACGGGCCCUUCCCAGGCGACCUGCGCGUGCGCGUCGAGCCGUCGGCCAUGCUGACCUUCUUCGACCCCGCGUUCACGUCGCUCGUCGAAGCGCGGCGCGGGCUGACGCGCCAGCAGUACCGGCUGCAGAACAUCUCGAGCGCGGACGUUGCCCGCGCGCGUGAGGACAUCUCGGACAUGUUCUCGCGCGGACAGUAUGAGCGGAGCGGCGUGGACUGGCGGGGCCUCGCGCAGACGGUGCAGGACCGCUUUGCGGAGAGGCUGCCGUUCCUGCGGUACCUGCUGCACCAGCCGACUCAGAACGCGUCGGCGCAGGCAGAGGCGGUCCGCCAGCAGCUGAUCAUCUCGCUGAUCCCGUACAUACCGCGUGCGGGCGUAGGCGAGUCUACGUGGUUUGCCGAGACCGCGCAUGGCUGCCGGGCGAGCUUCACGUCGCACCUGCCCGUGUCGCGCUUCACAAAGCAGGAGCAUGUCCUACGCAACGCGCUGGAUGAAGUGCUACACGAGAUCUGCCGCGUGCUCACGGGUGCCUGGAGUGGGGCAUUUGACAUCGAGGAAAAGAGCGCGGGCGUAGCGGCGGAGAUGCUGGCGAAGUGGAAGACUGAAGUCGACUCGCUGGUCCAGUGGCUAGACUGGCCGGUGUGGAUGGGCUGUGAGCCCGGCUGUGCCAUCAACGAAUUCUGCUACGUGCCUCAGCCGCACUUCGGACGUAGGCCCGACGAGGAAAUUGACACUACACCGCGAUGCAUAGCGUGGGCUCCAGCGAGCCCGUAAUACUUGCGUUCGACCUUUGUUUUGUCAGCUCUCCUUUUGCGAUGACCUAUGCUUUCUUGAUCCGAGGCUUGCUUACUGGUUGUACAUCAGGUGUGUAUCAUAGGUGUUCGACUGUAUUGGUGCAUUGCCUUCCUGGGUGCUGCGCGUGCUUUAGUGUCAAUACUUGUUCAUC